AUGCUCAAGAUGGCAGACGCUUGUGCUGACAGUUCUAAGCAGACUAGGUUUCAUGAGAUGCACGUCCAACGGCAUAACAACGUUAGCAUCCUGUACGCGGAUAUCGUCAACUUCACACCACUCUCCGAGAGACUCAGCGCCUCUGAUCUCGUGAAGACGCUCAACGAACUCUUUGGAAGGUUCGAUCAAAUUGCUCAGGAGAACCAGUGCAUGCGCAUUAAGAUCCUCGGUGACUGCUACUACUGCGUGUCCGGGUUACCGGUGUCCCGUCCCAAUCACGCAUACAAUUGUGUCAAUAUGGGCCUGCAAAUGAUCGACGCCAUAAGGUUCGUGCGCGAAGCGACUGGUUUCAACGUGGACAUGCGCAUUGGAAUACACACUGGCAACGUGUUGUGUGGCGUGCUCGGCCUACGGAAGUGGCAGUUCGAUGUCUGGAGUGAUGACGUCACGCUCGCCAACCACAUGGAAUCCGGCGGUAUCGCAGGGUAAACACUCGUGCGGACUUACUACUCGUACGAAUCAACAAGAAACGCGAAGGCCUAUUCUGUUUGGAGGAAAAAAAGCAUUUUUUGAUAAUUUAUGAUGCUACUAAGGUAGGAUCUUUACGAUUUUUAAGAAAUUAUAAGAACGGUCCCAAACUUUACAAAAUGUUUGUCGAGUGCAAAAAGAAGAGGACCUUUUGUAUUUGUACUCGAUAGGUGUCUUGUUAAUUCGUAAGAGUUAUACCUUAAACUAUAAUACUUCUGAACCAUAGUAGCUUUUUAUCUUCUUCUCGUAUCGUUCACAGUAAUGCUCGGCGACAGGUUUGAAGUGGAACCAGGAGAUGGUGGAUCCAGGGAAGGGUACCUGGCUGACCAUAAAGUGGAGACCUACCUGAUUGUGCCGCCUAAGAAACCAGGUGCUUCAGAAAAUGGUCGUCUAUCAGUUUGCACAGUAGACCGCAAAGCGAGCAUAGUCUCUUCUAUAUAUCAGGAAGUAUCUCCAACCAAGCACAAGAACAGCAUCAGCCCUGCCCCAUCGCAACAUAGCUUUGUAGAUGAAGGACCAAAGGUGUUGAGAACGGAAUCGUUGAGGAUGGCAGGUCCUGGAGACUUAAGUAGAAGAGCUUCGGUUAAAGUGGAUGGUCCAAAAACCGUAGCGUUUGAUCCUAACAAUGCAGCUUCUAAUCCCGCUGAAGGGAUUGGUAAUGGAGCUGUGGUCACUGCAAAGCCAAAGAGUCGUAGUGGAUCUAUUAUAGGAGCAAUCAGUCCAAUUAUGGGAACAGAGGAUCAGUCUGAGGACUCGCCUCCUCCUUCUUCUACCACAUCAGAGACUUUGCAACCGUUUCCUUCUUUCCUUAGGUUGCUAAGCACGAUAUCGGUGGAAUCUUUAAGUUAG